GAUGGUGUUGCACCAUCAAAAAGAAAGAUGUUUGAAGAGACUCGACGACGAAAGGAAGGAAAAACAUAUGAUCGGCCUUAUGAUGAUACUGAACAGAAGAUAGUAAUUAUUAUACAAUUCUUGUAUUUUAAUAUACAUACAAACUAGCUAUUGUAUCAUACACAUUGAAUUAACCAACUUAUUUUCUUUAAUAUAGCAAGCAAUGAGGAAGUUGGAAGCUUUGCAAGAUGGACAAAGCAGUGAUUCUCGUAAGGAUUCAUUUGUUGAAAAGGAUAUAAGUGCUGAAAAAGAAGAGUUAGCAAAAGAAAAGGAAGUCCAUGCUGCACAAGUUGCUACAGAAGCUGCUGAAAUGCAAAGAAAGUCAAAGGAACUUGAAUUAGAGGCCUUAAAACUACAACAAAUGCGUAGGGAAUUUGAAAGUCAACAAGAGAAUAUUACUCUUGAUGUGAUAGCUCUGUCAAUUGCACAACUACGCCAAAAAGAUCCUAGUUUGACACCUCAAAUGAUUGAAAAGGCUAUAGUGUCAGCCACUGCAGAUGGUCCAUAG